UAAGGCACCAUGCCUUGAAUUCUCUCAUCUAAGUUUAAAGGAUUCCUUCAGAGAUCUGUUUAAUCCCCAAAUGGAGAUAUCUUUGAUGUUGUAUACAAGGAAGAACCCGACUUGUGCUGAAUCACUGUUUGAGAAGAAUGACUCACUUAACGUUAAUUUCAACACAAGCAAGAAAGCAGUCUGGCUGAUUCAUGGAUACAGACCACUGGGCUCCACUCCUUCAUGGCUUCAGAACUUUGUGAGGAUUUUGUUGAACCAAGAUGAUAUGAAUAUAAUUGUAGUAGACUGGAAUCGAGGAGCUACAACUUUUCUUUAUGUUAGGGCAGUUAAAAAUACCAGGAAAGUUGCUGUCAGUUUGAGUAGGUACAUUCAGAAUCUUUUGAAGCAUGGAGCAUCUCUUGAUAAUUUUCAUUUCAUAGGUGUGAGCUUAGGGGCUCAUAUUAGUGGAUUUGUUGGAAAGAUAUUUCAUGGUCGAGUUGGAAGAAUAACAGGCCUUGAUCCUGCUGGGCCACAGUUCUCUGGAAAACCAUCAAAUGGCAGAUUAGAUUACACUGAUGCAAAUUUUGUGGAUGUCAUCCAUACUGAUACCAAUGGUCUAGGCAUUAAACAACCCUUGGGACAUAUUGAUUUUUAUCCAAAUGGAGGGAAAAAGCAACCUGGCUGUCCGAAAUCAAUUUUUUCAGGACUUGAAUUUAUUAAAUGCGACCACCAGAGAGCAGUUUACUUAUUCAUGGCAGCUUUGGAAACGAGCUGCAAUUUUAUUUCAUUUUCUUGUCGUUCAUACAAAGAUUAUAAGACUGGUUUAUGUGCGGAUUGUGCUGACUUUAAGGGAAAAUCAUGUCCCAAACUAGGUUAUCAAACUGAGCUAUGGAAAGAUAUUUUAAAAGAAAGGAUAGAAAACACAACUCUCAGGACGACUGUAUUUUUGGAUACUGUUGGAACAAAUCCAUUCUGUACCUAUUAUUUUGUUCUCAGCAUAAUUGUUUUGGAUAAAAAUAUGAAGGAUGGCUAUGUUACAUUUAAAUUAUUAAACCAACUUGGAAUCGUUGAAGAGCCAAGGCUCUAUGAGAGGCACAAAAUAUUUUACAAACUUCAAGAAUUCAAGAUUCUUGGUCAAUUUUUAAAUGAUGUUGCAAAUAUUUCAAGCAUCGGUUUGGCAUAUUUUCAAAGCUCAAAUCAACAAUGUUCCACGUGCAAAUACACUAUUCAGCUUCUCAAGCUAAAAUCACUUACAUAUCCAGAAAGACCACCACUAUGCAUCUAUAAUUUUGUACUUAAAGAAAGCAAGGAACUAUUUCUCACUCCAAGCACAUGCAAACCACAUGAAAUAUAAAAUGCCUUCAUCUAUCAAAUGUAACAGCUUAUUGUGAAUUGAAAAACUUGUAAAUGGAAACAAUGCAAUUAGUAUUUCAUUUAGACUGCAUUGUUCAAUCUGAAAUUUGUAUAUUUCUUCUUCUUGUAUAAGUUUUUAAGAAUCAAAAUAUAGAAUAUUUUAAGAUGCAUAUGGUAAAGCAUUCUGAAUAUAUUUUAAAGCUGUUUAUUUCUGUUUACCUUAAUCAAAUGUUUCUCUUUGAAUGUUUCCCUUUUUUACUUAUUAUUAACAAAAAAAAAAGUCUAGAAAAAAAAGAAGCUUAUUGCUUUAACACACUGU